AUGAUGGGAUACGGGGGUCAGCCCUUCCAUCCCCAGCAGCCACAGCAACACCAGCAGCAGCAGCAGCAACAACACCAGCAGCAGCAAUCCCAACAAACCCAUACUCAUCCUUCCUCGCAACCGCAACAUCCCCUCGGCUCCCAGCGCCAACAGACCCCAUCGUUAGGCGCAAACCCGAACCUAUCACAACAUGGAUCUCCAUACGCAGGCAAUAAACCUCUCUUCCGACCUCCUCCCCAGCAAAAUUAUACCACCGCCCAGUCUCCCGAUAUGCGCAAGAUGGCCCCGACGUCGGGCCCACUCGCGGGGUAUCCCCCAACGACCAGCUUUGCGCAAUUCCCCGGACACUUCGCCCCGCAAGGCUCUCCAGAUCUGAUGGGUAGGAAUCAGGAUCCAAUGGCGUUGCACAACAUGCAAAACAUGCAACGCGGUUAUAGCCUCGCUCAUCUACGCCAACCUCCGGGGAUGAGCCCUUCCGCGGCUAUUUCGCAUGGCCAAGGCAUGGGCGUCUCUUCUCCUCAGCAGUCCAUGAACCGCCUGCCCCACUCGGGUGUUCAGCAGCGGGAGAACCACCCUUCUGCCAGUCCGUCAAUGGCUAGUCCUUCUAUGUUUGCCAUCAACCAGCAGCGACAAUCGCAUUCCCAACCACAGUCGCCCCAACAAACGCAACAGCAAAUACAGCAAAGACAGCAACAGCAAUACCAGCAGCAGAAGCAGCUCCAGCAACAGCAGCAGCAGAUGUUGGAGCAGCAGCAGCGCCAUGAGCAGCAGCAACGUAUCGAGCAACAACGGCUCGAACAGCAACGACAGGAACAGCAGCGCCUAGAGCAACAGCAACGAGCGGAGCAGCAACGGAUAGAACAACAGAGGGCUGAACGACGUGCCGAGCAACAGCGACAAGAGCAACAAAAGCGCAUUGAGAAGCAGAGACUGGAACAACAGCAGCAGGAACGAAAAAAGCAAGAGCAGCUGGAGAAAGAGCGUGUAGAAAAAGAGCUGGCGGCGGAGCAACAGAGGUUGGAACAGCAACGACUCGAGCGGCAACGUUUGGAACAACAGCGGCUCGACCAACAAAAGGCAGAGCAGCAGAAGCAGCAACUUGAGCAGCAAAGGUUACAAAAGCUUCAGCAACAAGCCCAACAUUCCUACCAGCAUCAAAAUUCCUUUCAAUCGCAUCCGCAAACUCAAUUCAACCAAUACCAACCGCCUCAGUCACGAUAUCAGUUCCAACCUCAAGCCCAAGCCCAAGCCCAAGCCCAAGCCCAAGCUCAGGCACAAGCUCAAGUUCAAUACACUCAAUCCCCGCAACAGUCCCGACAAUCUCAAUUCACCCCGACUCAGUUCCAGCACUAUCAACCGCCAUCUCAAUCCGCUCAGUCAGUUCAGCCGUCCCAGUCACAAAUCGAUCAAUCGACGGGCUCCUUCAUGCCUCCACCCCGCCAACCUGCUCAAGGAAACGUCAUAUCUCUGCCCGAGUCGCAUGUCAAAUCUGAGCCGCAAAGCCCUGCCCCGAAGAAGAAGUCGAAACCUCGUCAUUCUACGGUCAGCAAAUCCCAAUCUGCAUAUCAGCAUUCGUUUCAGGCGAAUGGCCAUGUCCGAUUAACUCCGGUCGCGGGGACGAAUGGGGAGAUACCACAAACCCCGACACGCCGCAAACGAGGUCGGCCGCGGAAAGAAGAAGUUGCCGCAAGAAAUGCAGCCGCGGCAGCCCACGCGGCAGCUACUGGCAAGCCCCUCCCAGCAUCACAUCCCGGACAGGCCUCGUUUGGUCCCAAUAUGACGCCUGUAGCGCUUAUACCGGGAACGAGCACCCCACAACGAACCAUAAUCGGCCCGGAUGGAACCCCAUUGCCCCUCAAAAGGAAACGUGGACGGCCACGCAAGGCCGAUCAAAUUGCCUGGGCUCAGGCGACCGGACAGCCUCUGCCGCCGCCAAAACCGAAGAAGCCAUAUGUUCCCAAGCCCGGAACGGGCCGGCCUCGUGGGAGACCUCGAAAAGCCGAUGUUGCCGCUGCAGCAGCUGCAGCCGCCGCCGCUGGUGGCACAGCAAAUGGCGAUCAGGCGCACGGAGACAAAUCAACCUUACCGGCUCACACAUCAGAUGCAAACGCAGCCCAGAAGCGAGCUGCUCUAGUAAAUGAGGAGGCCCACAAACAUACUGCAGCCACCCCUCAAUGCUUCACGGCCAACACCCCCCCCCAGCAAUACAUGCAAAUGCCGCCUAUGCACAGUCUGCAGCACCCGUCUAUACAGGCCCACCAAACUGCCCAAGCCCCGGUUCAAGCACAGCCACAAGGCCGGUCUCCCAAUCAGCAACAACCGCACUCCCAAUCGCAAUCACCGGCCCCGCCUAGACCUGCCCCGCAAUACCAGCAUCAACAUACCUUCCAGGUCCAGCUGCAGCCACAACCAACAUAA